AUGCGCAGUCGGGGGGUGGGGGGGGGGGUGAGUGUGUACUGCGUAUGUGUGUGCGUGCGGCGCGGCGUGCCCCCUUACCCAUGUCGAGAUGACGGUCCCAAGGCCAUGAGUGUUCGCCUUACAAUUGUGGGCAGUACACAAAGUGAAAGAGCCGUGAGAUCUCAGACGCAACGUGCUCGUCUCGGAAAACCAAGCUCGAAUAACCCCCGGGUUUCGGGCUUCAUUCACCAGCAUUAUCAGCCUUGGGUCUUCCGCCGUGUCUAUCUAGGCUACGCAUCACACAGCACUGGUGCUUGCAGCGGCCGUAUGCGAUUGUGGAGAGGCGCCUCUCAAAGGUCGCACAGCUCUAUCGGCCGAGACGUGUUUCCGCCUGUGACUGUAAACCAAGGUAGCGUCGAUGUGCCUGUAGCUUGUUUGGGCGUCGCGGAAGCCGGGACGGUAGGUGAUAGUCAGGAGUCUGCCGGUUGCCAACUCGCCACUCCCAUUAUUAUUGAUGGUCCAUCUGACAAGUGGGUUGAUGACGGCUGGUCCCUGUCCAAAACCAUGUGGCAUGGCUGGUACUCUUCCCCGAGCUGCAUCAUUGCGCCCAAAAUCUUCCUCCACCAUGGAAUAGUAACAGUUGGCAACAUUUCGGUAACCCUUUGCGAAGAGGAUACUUAUUGUGAUGGGCGAUCUUCUCGUGGCGUCGUGAACUACCCGUAUUCAGUGAGGAAUUAUUGGCUUAUCCAAAAUGCACCAGUACAAUCGUACCAGCUGUGUCGCGCCCACUGCCGGGGCUCUUGGACCGGAAGCCGGAAUACCUCUUCUCUCAAUCCAUUUCCGGAAACAGAGUUUGCCAUUGUCUGCGAUCUCGCGCUGCGCAGAGGCGUGCCGUGUUGGGCAGGUUGUUGCAGCGGCGUGGGACUGUUUCCAUUUUGCCUUACUCCUCUCCUCCAAACACAGCGUGACCGGAUAGCAUCCGCGCUUUCGCCGUUGGUGAACCCAGAACAACCCUGGCUCAAGGUAGCCAUAGCUCUGGCGGCAACUGUUAUCGUGCAAUUUGCGAGUGGUGUCGACCGCCGAAGAAGAAAGCUGAGCCUUGAGCACCCGUACUGA